AAACGUGGUCGUUUUGAAAUUAGUACAAAGUUGUCUUUCUUAGCCAAAUUCAUCCAUGGCGCUGUGUCAAUUCCCACUGAAUCUUUACACUAUCUCCUCAUCAACAUCUUCGUCUCCUCAAUUCCGUCGUCUUCAACCUCUAGAGUCCUCUAUAAAGCCUAAUUUCUUUAUUCGUAGACUCAGAUUUCGUAGCUUCAAUCACCCAAUUCGGUUUCACACCCUUGAAUUGAGUGUCAUCAGAGCCACCAUUGAUAUCGACACUCACCAGAGGAAGAAGACGAAGAGAAAACCUAAACCGGGUUUUUUCGAAGAAAUUAGCGAUAAAUGGUCUUCACGUAUCAGCCCUAAAACCGAGAAAUUGCCAUGGCAGAAGCAAGAAGAGCAAAUUCAACAUCAUAAAGACGAUGGAGAUGAAUCAAGAUCAAAUCUUUCUUCUGGGUAUGGUUUAUCUGAUAAGAGAACCGAUUCCAAUCGACUCUAUUCGGCGAAUGAGCCGUCGACUUUCCCAAGACCAAGCGGAUACAUGUCUGCUCCAUGGGUUAACAAUGGUGGGUCUAAAGGUGUUAACUUUACGACUAGCUUCGAGCAAGGAGUUGAAAGUUCGAGUUUUGAUGAUGUUAUUACUGUAGAUAGAUAUAGAAGGGAUAACGAUUCUAGUAAUAGAGGUGUAGAUUCAGAUUUAGAUGAUGGUGAAAGAGGGAUGAUAGAUUCAGGGAAAGAUAAGGGAAUAUGGAAAACGAGGAGGAGUAAUACGGCAGAAGCUGAGAGGGUUGUACCAGAACAUGAGCUGAGAAGGUUGAGGAGUGUAGCUUUGAGAAUGGUUGAGAGAGUGAAAGUAGGUUCUGCAGGAAUUACGCAGGUGUUGGUUCAAGCUAUUCAUGAGAAAUGGGAGGUUGAUGAAGUUGUUAAGUUGAAAUUUGGAGAGCCUUUUUCUCUUAAUAUGAAGAGAACUCAUGAAGUUUUGGAGAAUAAAACUGGGGGAUUAGUGAUAUGGAGGUCAGGAAGCUCGGUUGUGCUAUACCGAGGAAUAAGUUACAAGCUCAAGUGUGUUCAAACAUUUAUUAAACAGAACAAUCUCAAUACAAAACAUGUAGAGGCAAGGGAUUACGUACCUGAGGAUGCGAAUUACCCCAAGAAUGUUCCUAAAGAACAAUUAUCCGAGCUAUGUGAAUUGAAUGAUUUGUUGGAUGAGCUUGGUCCAAGGUUUCAUGAUUGGACAGGGUGUGCUCCGUUUCCUGUUGAUGCAGACUUGCUUCCUGGAUACGUUGAAGGAUAUAGGUGUCCGUUUAGGAUUCUUCCGCAAGGAGUAAAGCCUUGUUUGUCUAACACGGAAAUGACAGAAAUGCGUCGGCUUGCUAGGACAAGCCCUCCACAUUUUGCUCUGGGGAGGAGCAGAGAGUUACAAGGUCUGGCUAAGGCAAUGGUAAAGCUAUGGGCAAAAAGUGCGAUCGCCAAAAUAGCAAUCAAACGCGGUGUAGAAAAUACGCGGAAUGAGAGAAUGGCGGAAGAACUUAAGAGACUUACUCGCGGUGUACUUGUUUCGAGAAACAAGGAGUAUAUUGUCUUCUACAGAGGUAAUGACUUCAUGCCUCCUGCCGUGGCAGAGGCAUUGACCGAGAGGCAAAAGGAGAUAACGGAAGUUCUUCAAACCAAGGAGGAUCAAGUCCGAGAAAUGGCUUCAACAAGAGUCACACUCACAUCACAAGCCAAAUCGCCUAAAACCCAAUUACUCGCAGGAACGCUUGCUGAGACUAUAGCUGCAAGUUCUCGGUGGGCACCAGAUGCAAGCAGCGUUGAUAUUGAAGAGUUAAAGAGAGAAUCAGCUUCCAUCAAAAGAGCUGCAUUGAUUAGAGAUCUUGAGCUAAGGCUUCUUUAUGGAAAGCAAAAGUUGAGAAGAGCUGAGAGAGAUUUAGCUAAAGUGCAGAAGGAUCUUGACCCAUCAGAACUCCCAACUGAUUCAGAAACAAUCACAGAAGAAGAGAGACUUCUUUACCGCAAAAUUGGUUUGAGUAUGGAUCCGUUUCUUCUCUUAGGAAGACGAGAAGUGUAUGAUGGUACCAUAGAGAACAUGCAUCUACACUGGAAACAUCGUGAGCUUGUAAAAGUGAUUGUUAGAGGCAAAUCUCUUCCGCAAGUCAAACAUAUCGCUAUCUCUUUGGAGGCUGAGAGUGGAGGAGUAUUGGUAUCCGUUGAUAAAACCAUGAAAGGCUAUUCGAUUAUACUCUAUCGCGGAAAGAAUUAUCAGAUGCCAUUUCGGCUUAGGCCUUCAAACUUAUUGACGAGAAAAAAGGCUUUUGCUCGAUCCAUUGAGCUUCAAAGAAGAGAAGCACUGAAGUAUCAUGUUGCAGACCUAGAGGAACGGAUAGAGCUGCUGAAGACCGGACAGGAUGACGAUAGGGAACCCGGCAGGAAAAGUGAUGGAGAGGAAGAAAACUUGUAUUUAAGAGUCGAUGAAUCUGAUUUUUCUUCUGACGAGGAUGAAUCUCUGGAAUGGGAGUCAGAAAAGAAUGAAACUUUCUUAUCAUUGGAGGAAGAAGAAGAAGCAUGAACCGGUAAACUAAUAUAAUUUAUUCGGGUCAACCGAGUCGAAAUAUUGAUAUCGCAAAAGUUAAGUUGAAUUUUUGAAUGCAAAUGCAAUAUAAUCAAGAGUUUAUUUCAAAAGUUCUUUGUUCAAUGUUACGGAAAAAAAGUAUACCGAAAGAAAACAUAAAGCCAAUCCAUAUGUUAUACUGUAGUAA